UCCUUCAGACGUCCCCAAGUAUAUUAUUGUGUAGUGGGAUAUUAACGAAUAUGUAUGAUAUUUUAUCAGUGAUUUAAAAGAAAAACCCAUAUGGGUGCCCCAAAGGACAAAACUGCUGUGGGCUCUGUGUGGACACAUCCACCUGGGACGCAGGUGGGUCAAAUGUGGGUUUGCCCUGCUCAUACAGCCCCACAGUUCACCUGAUUUUCUUAGGCGUGAUCAGGAGGGACAGGAUUACACAUGAGUACAUUCGAGAGACAGUUGAGACUGAGCAAUUUGGAGACAAAGUUAGAGAGUCAUGUGCAGAGGAGGGGUAGGGAUACAAUGGACAGAGGAUGUUAAAUACUGAGCUGCCAGAUAGGAGGAAAAGAAGACCUCAGAGGAGACCCGUGGAGGUAUUUACACCGGACAUACAGAGUGUUGGUGUGACAGAGGAGGAUGUUAGGAAUAGAGUGAAAUAGAGGCAGAUGUCCCCUGUAAUGACUCCAAAAAACGGUUAAAUAUUAGUUGUUGUUUUUUUUUUUUUCAAACUACGUUUAGCUUAUAGUUGAAUUUUAGUUAACCAACAUAAAUUUGUUUAAUAAUCUGAAAUAGUGUAAGUACACUCCCUCCCGGUAGGGGGCAGAGUGCUGAGAAACAUGCACCAACAAGGAAGGAGGGCGGUAGAAACGGAAGUAAGAUCAAUAUCAACAACCUGAGUUUACAACUCAAGUCGAACUUCGCAGCAGUAGCGGAUAAUAUUUUCGAAGUUAUUGUUAUAACUUCUUACGCUUUAAUAUUGCCCGGUGCAUUAUGGGGGAAGCUUCAGCCCGUGCGCUGUGGCGGCGGUUUAUCUCUGUGCUCAAACUCAAUGGCUAGUUUGGAGAUAAGUUAGCUCACUUUCUGUCAGCUGACUGGCUUGAACUCACUUUGGCCGUCUCGGGCAGCAAACUGUCGUCUGAUAUGCUCGGAUAUUGCUUUCGGGUUAGUUUGAACACUGACGUAGGCUUAGUCAGAGAGUGUGCUCGCUGCUGUUGACGCGUCCCGGUACAGUCGUCUUUGCAAUGAUCCUGCAGCUGCUGCCACCAGUCAUCUAGCUGGCUCCUCUUCUCCUGUCCCCCCUCCCUUAAUGGCUCACUGCGGCUCCUCCGAGCCCAGCGCAAAGGUUCAGGCCCCGCACCCGGACAGCAUCCUGCCCCCACAGGGCGGCGUAGACCAGAGCAUGAAGCCGGUGCUGUUUGAGAUCUUCGGCGAGCUUUGGACUGUCCAGUCGCGUCUCGGCCAGGGAGUCUCGGCCUCGGUGUACCGGGUCAGCUCGGGCAGAGCCACUGCAGCUGUGAAGGAGUUUCAAGCCGACACUCAGGGAGGAGAUUACGGGUAUCACAAGGAGAGGUCCGUGCUGGAAGACAUCCAGGGACAUAAAAACAUCGUCACACUGUAUGGAGUGUUUACCAACCACAGCUCUAUGAGUGUCACCACACGCUGUCUUUUGCUGGAGCUCCUGGAUGUCAGCGUGUCUGAGCUGCUGGUGAGACGCAACAGUAGCACCCAAGGUGUAAGAGCCCAGCAGGGCCACUCCAUGUGGCUUGUCCAGCACUGUGCCAGAGACAUCCUCGAGGCUCUCGCCUUCCUUCACAGAGAAGGCUACGUCCACGCAGACCUCAAACCACGCAACAUCCUCUGGAGCGCUGAUGACGAGUCCUUCAAGCUCAUCGACUUUGGCCUCAGCUUCAAACAGGGAAACCAGGAUGUCAAGUACAUCCAGACAGACGGGUACCGCGCACCGGAGGCUGAGCUUCAGAACAGCCUGGCUCAGGCAGGGGUGGAAAUGGGAGACUCGGGCUGCACGGCCGCCGUCGACCUGUGGAGCCUGGGCAUCAUCCUGCUGGAGAUGUUCUCAGGAAUCAAACUCAAAGACACCGUCCGCUCACAAGAGUGGAAGGAUAACAGCGCUGCCAUUGUAGACCAUGUCUUUGCCAACAACAGCCUGGCGUGCCCUGCCAUCCCCGUCUAUCACCUCAGAGACCUUAUCAAAAGCAUGCUUGUCACCGAUCCAAAACAAAGAUGCACAGCUGAAACUGCCCUGCUGAGCCCAUUCUUCAGUAUUCCCUUUGCACCUCACAUUGAAGACCUGGUUCUGCUGCCUUCUCCUGUUCUGCGUCUGCUCAACCUAAUCGAUGACAGCCACCUGCACAAUGAGGAUGAAUACGAAGAUAUCCUGGAGGACAUGAAAGAGGAGUGCCAGAAGUACGGAUCCGUGGUUUCUCUGCUCAUCCCCAAGGAGAAUCCAGGGAAAGGACAGGUGUUUGUGGAGUAUGCCAACUCCAGCGACUGCAAAGAGGCUCAGAGGCUGCUGACAGGCCGCACCUUCGAUGGAAAGUUUGUUGUGGCUACCUUCUACCCUCUGAGCGCCUAUAAAAGAGGUUACCUCUAUCAGACUGUCCAGUGAACUUUUAAAUCCUCAAUUUACACCUCAGCAUAGUUUGCAUGUUAAAAACACAACUGCAAAGGUCACCACAAGGGAGAAGUCACCUCCCCAUAAACAUACCUGCAGUAAUGAGUAGCUGCCCUGCAGUUUAAGCUCUUUCAGAUAUGAGUGAGUGUAGUUCUGCAUGCAGUUUUCUACAGCAAAUCUGUGUUUCAUGCAGAGUGCAAACUGAGCUGUGGUGAGCCUCCGCCUUCAGUCUGUGUGCUCUUUUUAUCCAUCCAGUGCUUUAAUAUAUACUAGAUCUGUCUCAUUUAAUAUCUGUUAGCCAGAGGCUUGCGUUCUGGGGACCGCAGUGCCUGUUCGAGCUUCCGUAUCACUUUCAUUCACUCAUAAAACCUCCCAUCAGAGUUGCAAGAUGAAAAAUCACAGCUCUGCACUGCAUUUAAAAACUUCUAAAGGACAUCUCACUUGAUAAAUAUAUAAAGAGAGACUUUAUUUCAUCAGCUUUAUACUGAAUGCUGCUAAAAACAUGUAGCAGAUGUUAAGUAGUAAUUUAAAGGGAGUUUUAUGCAUCAAACUCAAAACUAAUGACAAAAACACCCUGAAAAUCACACCCCUUCAAAGUGAAAAUUUACUGUGGUGAAAGCAUUCUAUUAAUAUUGCCUAUUUAUAUAUCUUUUUAGGUUAAACGUUUUAGAGGAAAUGACUUGGUACCAGGGGAAUAUCCAGGUGUCUUCUGCCUGUUUUCAAGGAGAUAUUGUUUGACUAAUGCUUCCACUAGCUGGUAGUUUUCACGCACUAACUCACUGCCAUUAUCUGAGCAAGCCGAGGGGUCUCUGCACCCUAUCCUGUAGCCUUAUGCGUCGUAGCCUUUCAUUUAAAGCCAAUGUGCUCUAUUAUCUAUUUUGAUUAUUUUCAUUGUGUGUGAAACCCUUCAGAAAAACAUGCAGUAAGCAUAGUUGUUUUUUUUCACUGCAACACACAAGCAAGAAAAUUAAGAGAUAAAACUGAAGAACUAGUAGGUAAAUAAGUCUGUGAACAAAAAAUGGUUCCAGCAGAGGUGAAAAUGUCUUCUAACUUCCUCUGACUUGAGCCAGUGAUGUGUUCCGUUUACCUCGUAGUUUUGUAGUCCGGAGCCAAAGCAUCAACCAGAUAUUGGAUGCAGAUGUGUGCAGUGGGACAUUGGAGAAUACCCUGAACAAGUGGUGUAAAGCCACUACCUGGAGGAUAUUUGUAGCCUCUUUCUUUAUGACUUUUUUUUUAAGACAAUCUUGAGUUGGUACAGUCCGUGUUGCUGUCAUCACUGUUUUUAAAUCUUGCACAUUGUGGCUUUAAAGGCUGUGCAGUGCUGUUGCAAGGUGAAGGCUACUGUACUAACUAGAUAAAGUUUAAUAUAUGACAAGCUUCCAGUGUGCUGGUGCAUGAUCCAGGUGAUUGAUUGUACACUGCCAGCCCAGUGUUGUAGCAUCAUCAUCCUGUGGUAGCACUUUUCAUACUUCUGCCAGUUUCUUGAAAUGCUGCUUUUUGCAUGAUGAGGAAAAAAAAGAAAUCAAAACAAAACAUGUAGCCUUGAGAUAAAGAUUUCCUGGAGCCAACAAAGUUAAUAUUUUGCAUCUUUGAGCAGCAGGUUUUGGUGUUUUUGCAGUGGAAUGUGUUUUUUGUUUUCUUGGUUUUAUUCUUUUCCAUUAGUGGGUUUAUAGUAAACACCAAGACCGCUCUGAAAGUCUUUUGAAACAUCAGACAAUUUCUACACAAGUGCCCUAUGACAUUCACAGGCUAGCUAACUAACCAAAAUGCUGCAAUGACAGCUGAUUGUGCUACAGCUGCAUGUGCUUAUAGCUGAAGCCUUUGCUGAUGCCUUAUGAAAUAACCUCCGUCCAGCAGUUUUAGUGUCCACACAAAUUAAAGUGCACUGUUACCAACAAUAACCUGGAACAAAUCAUUUUUCUCUAUUCCUUCAUUAGUUGCUCACUGCUAAUUUUUCUUCUUAAAGCCCGACUAAGUAGCUAUUAAUCAAAAGCUCUAAGCUACAUUUGACAAUGCAGGUGUUAGCUGCGGUAAACACUAAUGCUAAUAAUGCAAGAUUCUAGAAGUGAAAUUCCCGUUAUAUUCUUCAUGUUGAUUUUGAUCGUGAGCUGUAAUUUUGUAACCAUCCAAAGCAGACUGGCUACAGGCGACAACAUUAUGAAGCAGCGCUGUGUGCUCCUGUAGAAAGCAGAUAGCAACCUUGUUUUAACAAAAAAAAGAAAGCAUUUUAUUCAUAGUAGAGUAAAAUGGAAAAGAACUACUUCACCCACAAUCAUGACCUAAAUCCUCAAAUUCUGACUUGAAUCCUUCUUGAAAUGGAAAAGCCGCAAUCAGUGAUUCCAGGCAGGAACAAAGCCCUUUACUAUAUUGAGAACUUGUACUUUACUACAUACGCAAACACCAACUACAAAAUAUAUUGACAACUAUUAUUUUACAACACUAUGAUGGGGAACGAACAAGAUUAAAUUCAAGAAGGCUGAAAGUUGUUUCCUCUGGAAUCUGGGGUGUGCAGUGCAUUGUGGGAUGUGUAGUUCCUUCUCUGUUAAAAGUAACUUUCUGAACAACAACAUGUAAAGUCCUUUGAGUGCUUAGAGUAGAAAAGCGCUAUAUGCGAACCAGUCCACAUCAAUGGAGAAAAUGAAUGGGAUAUUCACUUCUAGAACCGGAGCUCUUAGAAACAUGGGUGGUUACUGUUGGGCUAGCAACAGCUAGCAACAAAACAGCUUUGAUUAUAUUAAACUGAACAAAAGUUUUUUGUUUUGUUUUUUUGCUCAAAGUUACCCUUACAGUUGACCUGUUAUGUUUUUCCUUGUUUUCUGCCGCUGAGGGCAGAUUUCCAUAAUAUAUCUUGUGUUUUGUAAA